CGCAGCAGAAGAAGAGGAGGCGUCUUUACGUACAACGUCACUGGAUGUUAUUAGUGCGUUGCGCGCGGGAGAUUUAGUUAUCAAACAGCGGAGUGUGAGGGAAAGCAGAAGACCAUGGCUAUGAGGAGCGAGGCCAGGGUGGAGGCAGAGGCAGAGGAGGAGGAAAACUUCGGGCCACAGCCUCUGUGCAGGCUGGAGCAGUGUGGAAUCAGUGCCAGUGACAUCAAGAAGCUGGAGGACGCAGGUUUCCACACCAUCGAGGCAGUGGCCUACGCUCCCAAGAAGGAGUUGCUCAACAUCAAGGGCAUCAGUGAGGCCAAGGCUGACAAGAUCCUAGCUGAAGCGGCCAAACUUGUGCCUAUGGGUUUCACCACAGCUACUGAGUUCCACCAGAGGAGGGCAGAGAUCAUCCAGAUCUCCACAGGCUCAAAGGAGCUGGACAAACUCCUGCAGGGUGGGAUUGAGACGGGCUCCAUCACAGAGAUGUUCGGAGAGUUUCGGACGGGGAAGACCCAGCUGUGCCACACGCUGGCUGUCACCUGUCAGCUGCCCAUUGAUCAGGGGGGCGGAGAAGGUAAAGCCAUGUACAUCGACACAGAGGGAACCUUCAGACCAGAGAGACUGCUCGCUGUAGCGGAGAGGUAUGGGCUGGUAGGCAGUGACGUUCUGGACAACGUGGCCUACGCCCGAGCCUUCAACACAGACCAUCAGACCCAGCUGCUGUACCAGGCCUCCGCCAUGAUGGCCGAGUCCAGGUAUGCUCUGCUGAUAGUGGACAGCGCCACAGCUCUGUACAGAACAGACUACUCGGGCAGAGGUGAGCUGUCGGCCAGACAGGGACACCUGGGACGCUUCCUGCGCAUGCUGCUGCGGCUGGCUGACGAGUUUGGUGUUGCUGUGGUGAUAACCAACCAGGUGGUAGCACAGGUGGAUGGGGCAGCCAUGUUUUCUGCAGAUCCCAAGAAACCAAUUGGAGGCAACAUUAUGGCUCACGCCUCCACCACACGCCUGUACCUGAGGAAAGGCCGAGGAGAGACGAGGAUCUGUAAAAUCUACGACUCGCCCUGCCUGCCAGAGGCUGAAGCCAUGUUUGCCAUCAAUGCUGAUGGAGUGGGCGACGCCAAGGACUGAGCCGCCAGAGCACAGAGCGCGGUGGGCGGUGUUGCCGUCACACCUGCGGACUCAUUCUUGGACUGAAGUGUUGUGUGUACUGCUGCCUCACACGAAGCCUCAGACUGAUAAUCCUGCUAAUCCAGAUGUGGAGGUCAGGGCUUGUAUGAUUUGGUUUGGUGCUGACUGAGGCAGACUCUGAGAUGGUCCUGGCCUUCUGGAGACCAGUGGUGCAUCAGUUUUCACACUGAAGCACACUGCACUCAGCUAAGGAAAGAGAGACGUUCUGCAGUUAUGAUACAGCAGCUCGUUAUUACCAGAUGCUGUGCUAUUAUGAUAGUUCAUAAUUACAGUCUCAUCAGAUCUCUACCAUGUACUUACAACAUCCAUAAAUAUGAAAGUUCAGUAAAAGGAAAUCUUUACCGUUAUAUUUACCAAAAAAUAUAACCUGACCAAAAGAUCUUUAUUACGUUAUCACUAAAAAAAGGUCUCUCAUAAUUCCAAGUUCUUAAUGACGUAAUUAUUAGAUCUUUAAUGUGUUAUGGGCCAAAAACACUAUUCCAACUAAUGAGCUCAUAAUUAUGAGAUAUGAAGUCAUAAUUACAGACGAGGUCUCAGUUCGUUUUCUUCGCUGAAUGCAGUGUGCCUCUUGUUUUAUCAGUUCUGCUGAUGUCUGACUUGUUUUCGGAGAAUACUGUAGAAACAUUAUUUUGCAGUGACGGCUCUCCUGUAAAGCCUUACUUUGGUCAUUUCUGGGAAGCAACGCCUCGUCUGUCACUACUGCUACGCCCCUUUGUUUGUUACACCGGAACCUUCUGUAUAUAAGCUUCAUUUGUUUUACUAUUAAAUUGAUGUCUCAUUUGUUAUCAUCAUGGAAAGCUUC